AUGAUCGGCAAGCUUUCUAUCGUGCUCUCAGUGCUCGCGGUUAGCAGAGCAUUGCCGAUUCUAGUAUACGAAAACGAUAUGCCAGCAUUUAUUUGGCGUACAGCUCGUGCUCCUAACGUAGCAUUUGGGUUCGGCAGUGGAUUCAGUAGUAAUAUUGGUGGGAUCAGCCAGUCUAAUAGUAUUGGAGCCUCUUUCCAAAGUGGCGACGCUGAUGCGUACGGCGCUGGCAUCGCUUCCGAUGGAAAUUUAGCACAAGGUAUAGGCUACGCUCGUGCGAGCCCUUACCAUCAAAUUCUACCUUUAGGACUACAUCAGUCUUCUUCUUCUGCAUUUAGUAAUUCCUUUGGAAGAAAUUACGGCUCAGCAAUCUCAUCUGCUCAGAACUUCGGGAACUCAGGAUUAUCUCUAUCAUCUGCUCAAAAUCACAACGGCUUUGGAACAGCAGUAUCAGCUGUUCAGAACAAUGGUAUAGGAAAUUACCAAACUGCCGCAUCUCAAGCCUAUAACGGUCGCAGUGGAUUUGAUUCUGCAGUAUCUAGUGCGAGUUCGCAUGGCUUAGGUUAUGGAGUAGCUCAGUCUGCUGCACAGAAUAUUGGUGGAUAUGGCUCAGCUUUAUCUCUCUCUCAGAACCAAGGAUUAAAUAACUUCGGCACAGCUAUUUCCGCUUCAAACAACAAUGGCGGUUUUGGAUCUAGUAUCGCUCAGACAACACAGCAACAUGGCAGACACUUGCAGCAAAGCGGUGCUAGCAGUAUUAACGGUCCUGGAAUUCAGGCCUCACAAUCUCAUGCCAUUAAUAACGGCUAUUAC